AUGUUCUUACAACGAACGUGGGUUUCUUUUCUUCUUCGAGAAUCUAAACUACAGUUAUCCGUCUUGCCUAAGACAGACUUCACCAAGAACAAUUGGCCAUCAAUCUUGCCUUCAACUCGCAGAAUGGAUAACUUAGUUGAGGCCGACAACCGCUUCAAAGUUGAGCUGAGAGAACCUCUUAUAGACACAACAGGUUUCAAGCAAAUUCAUGUCAGUAACGUGGAAGGAGAUUUCCUCAACAUUUCGUUUCGACGCACUCUUCGUGUUCCAGAAAGUGGCAAUCGUUUGAAAGUACCUCCAGACUUUGGACCUUUUCCUAUCUACCCUUUUGAUAAAUAUAAAGAUAAGUUUGAUCAUUCUGUAUCUACAAAUGAUGGACGCGAGGCAAUGUGGAUCCAUUUUGAGUCAACUGGAUAUUUCGCGGUGAACGUCAUUAUCGAUGGCGUGAAUGCCAUCUCUGGGGAAUCUAACAAAAGAUGCUUAUCAGCAGAUCUCAGAAGUAUAGCAUUAAUUUACGAAAAAAAAUCAAUUCAAGAUUACAUUGUUGCAGGAAAUUCUGGUCAAAGAUGGUUGGACGGCGUCAAGACAAAAGAGGACAAGAUCAUGCAGUUUUUCGCGGCCCCGAAUCAAAUUAUGGCGCCAUCAACCAAAUCCUCAAUCAAUUUGACUGACGGUAUUCGUAGAAUACAAUUUGAGAUUGUACCACAAAAGCUGGACACGACAAAACGCAUGCCUAUCACUGUGCGCACGCUCUUUAGCAAAGUUUUUCAUAUAAAUGUCUCCAACAUAUGUCUUGUGAACGAUCUCAUGAAAAAAAUUCUAGGAGUAACUAGCAUUCCCUGGGAGGAACAGCGAAUCAAUUUUGCAGGCCAGCAACUUGAACCUCACCGUUAUCUGAGUUUUUACGGCAUUAAGGCGACAACAGCAGGAAAACGACUAUUAAAGUAUCCCGCGGCGAUCAAAGAGAGUUACGGUGAGAAAAGAGAUGUAAUAAUUGCAGAUGCCAAUACAAACAUUGUGCAAGAUAUCGAAGUCGAUGAUUUUGACGCAGAAUCCUGGGAUACGGACAAUACUUUGAUCUUUAACCUGCAGAUGAUAAAUACACCGGCUUCUGAAAUCGUACUAGGUAUGAAGCCUCCGCAGUGUCCUAUCCCAAUGGCAAUGUACAAAGAACAUAACCGCCAACUCCUUAACAUCCACGAUAAUGAUGAGGAAGGGAACGAUGAUAACCAAGAUGAAGACGAAGAUGAGGACGAUCACAAAGUUUUCAAGUUCACAACUGAUCAGUUGGGCGCGAGGGGUAGUUUUGCUCCGGUUGAUGAGAUGAAAGCCAGGUUGGGCGAGAUAUUUCAAUUGCCAGAUGAUGAUGAUAUUUGA